CACUGCAAUGAAAAUUGGAGCUAUACACACACAAGACCCAUGAAAAAUGGAAUUGUCGAAGAAAUUGCAAGCUUGUGGCUGGUAUCUAACGGAUGAAGGCAUCAAGUCAAUAAAAACCCAUUUAGGAGUCACUGGCGAACCAGAUCCCCGUAAAAUUAUUGACGAGGCUUUAAAUCGAGAUUUGCGAGAAAUUGGCAGCGGCGCUCUGCCAAGCAAGCGUGACGAUAUCAACGGCACGCUUGGAGGUCGCAUAGUGCUCCAGGUGCUGCGAGUGCGUAACGUAUCGGCGCCCAAAAGUAAUGAAGAAUCAAACAGAUCACCAAGGCUUUUGCAGCUGGAACUGAGCGACGGACAAAACUCAGUGCAGGCGAUUGAGCUCGACCCAGUGCCUGCAUUAAGUAUCAAUGUAGCACCUGGCACCAAAAUUUUCUUCAAAGCCGAAAGACUGCAGCUAAUGCACGGUUUCCUUCUGCUGCGUUCCGACGAGCUGCAGUUAUUGGGCGGGCGCGUAGAUGCGCUGUAUGAAAAGUGGGAUUUUACGCGUACUAUGCUAAAGUACACGCGUAGCGGUCGUCCCGUGCCAGGAUCUACAAACCCACCACCUUGGAUUAAAUUUGGUCAAAAUAGCGCACAAAUGGAAGAGCCGGAUCGAAAUUUUAAGAGUCUGCAAGCGGCCUCUGACAAGGAUAAGGCGGCCAAAGAGAAUGCCGAGUUCACUAAGAUGCGCAAUGACGCCAUCGCUGAGGCUAGUAAGCCAGGUCCUAAGAAGGUUUUCGGAGGAGGCGGUCAGUAUAUGGCAGAUCACAAUAUGAAGAAAAUACUUGACAAGGGAUACACAAAGGAAGAGGCCAAGACGGCGUUGCUAGCUACACGCAACAACUUGGAGCGUGCUCUUUUUAAUCUUAAGCGAGGCAAAGAUGGGCAAGAGGCGCAGGCGCAGGCCCCAUUAAUGCGUGGACGUGGAGAACGUAGGGAGGGCAAGCGCGGUGCCACCCUCAAGGAAGAAGCUGAAGCUGCCAAGCCUGCAGCGAAUGCAACACUCUUUGAUUUCCUAACCACCAAACUCCCCACAGACGCACUCCCGGAAACCACUAAAACUUCAGCAACUGCAAACAACAAGACAACGCUGGGAUCGAAAUACACUGAGAGCAAUAUAAGCAUGCCAGAGAUAAAAUUCCAAGGCUCGCAUGACCGCUCCAGAUUUGAGAACAAUGUGUCUAGCAGCUUUGCCGCCAAUCGUGGCGGACACUAUGGCUCACUAUCGCGAGGCGGAGGCGGUGGUGGCGGAGGAGGACCACGUAAUCGGGGUGGUCGUGAUGAGCGUCCGACGCGCGGAAGAGGCACUGGCUACAACGAGCGUCCUGGACCUCCUCCUGCGGCUACUACUGGUGCUAUACGUAAGCAGCCGCAGAUGUACGGUAAGCCGGAGCAGAUGCAUUCUAAGCCAGAACAGGCCCACGUUAAGCCGGAGCAGACCCAUGGUAAGCAGGAACAACAGCACGGAAAGUCGGUCAACCGGAAUGCCCCUGACAGUGCCACCAAACAGACUGCAGAACCGAAAUCUGAACCAGAUGUUGCCCCUGCAAAGGAUACUCGAAAUAAUAAUCGUGGUCGUGGUGACAAUGGCCAAAAUAGAGGACGUCGUAAUGGCCCACCUCCGCCCAAGAGCUCAACCUCGACUAACGAUGAUGCUGCGCGUCUUACCCAAGCCCUAAUGCCCAAGAUUAUUGAAGACACUGCUAGCCUGAAGAUAAGUGCGCCAAAGCGUGAGAACAACAAGCGUGGCGGCAAGCAAACUGGUGGUCAGCAAUCCAAUCGACCGCAGUCCGACAGCCAAGCUCAGGCAGCUCCAGUUGCAGUUCAGGCUCAAAAACCAAUGGAGAAGCCCAAACAGGCAGCUUCAAGGCACCAGCAGCAGCAACAUCAGCAGCCCAAGCAGACAAAUGAAAGGUCUCAAUCCAGUCAAUUGGCCAAUGGAUAUACCUACGAUCCCAGCAAGAUCAUGGGUUUCCAAAGCAAAGAGGCAAACGACUUUGCCAUGAGCUUGCUGAAGAGUCAAGGUGUCAGUAUUCCCAACAAGCAAACGCCAGGUCAGUCAAUGUCAAUAUCAAUGGCUAUGUCAAAGCCCCUGCCAAUGCCGAAGCCCAUGGCAAUGCCAAUGCCGAAGCAAAUGCCAAAACCAACGCCAGCCAAAGCUCCAGCUCCUGCAAUCACAGCGCCAGCUAAAGCUCCAGCUCCUGCAAUCACACCGCUAGCUAAAGCACCAGCUUCCGCAAUCAUACCGCUAGCUAAAGCUGCAAAUCCUGCAAUCAGAACUCAUGCUUCAGCUCCUGCUCCUGCGCCAGCUGAAACUGCAGCUCCUUUAAUCGCAAUGCUAGAUGAAGCUGCAGGUCCUGCAAUCACAGCUCCCGCAACCAAUUUGAAUCUAAAGCAAAGUUCAAUUCAUUCCGCUGCAGCUCUAAUGCCACAGCCCGCUGUUGUGCAAGCACCGCCGGAGCAGUAUGGCCAGAUGCCAGGUGCUAAUUGGGUGUGGAAGCCGCAGGAUCUAUGCAUGGCCAAGUAUUGGGAUGACGGUCAGUAUUAUGAAGCUCAAGUUACAGGUGUGUCUGCGACAACUUGUGUGGUGUAUUUCAUCGGCUAUGGCAAUCACGAAGAAGUGUUAAAAUCUGAUAUAUUGCCCAUAACUGAUGAACAGAAUAGACCGCUAUCAUCCCAGCACCAACAAUCUCAUCGUGAUGAUUAUCAGCAGCAGCAAUCUCCUUUCCGAGGUGAUCGCGGCAAUUAUCAACCACAGCAGCAAUCCCAUUACCGUGGCGAUCGCGAGAGUUAUCAACCACAACAGCAGGUUUAUAUUCCCCCACACCAGCGGCGUAAUUAAGUGUGCAACUCAAGAUAUACAUAUGAGCCCCAGUUGGAUUUAAAUGGUAAUUUUUCGAAUACAAAUUUGAUAAAUCUAAUAUUAAUAAUCAUUGCGCAAAGUGAGCACUAAACGUUAUUAGUAGAUUUAGCUUAUGAUAUUAUU